AUGACCGAACCAACUUCCAAACCGAAUGUUAACGGUGUUAACGGUGCUGCUACAGCUAAUGGUAAUGGAAAUCCAGUUCCUGUGAAAGCUCAGCUUUACAAUCCAAACCGUCAAGUUUACCGUCCGCAAUCACAAUACAAUCGCCGCCGUCGAUCUAACCGUAGCCUCUGCUGUUGCUGCUGUUUCUGGACAAUCCUCACCGUUCUUGCCGCCGCGCUUCUCGUCGCAAUUGUCGGUGCUGCACUCUACGUACUCUACCAUCCUCACCAACCACAAUUCUCAAUCACAAACCUCCGCAUUGCGAAGAUGAAUCUCAAAACCUCAACCGAUUCACCUUCGCAUCUCACCACACUCUUCAACCUCACACUCAUCGCUAAGAAUCCUAACAACCACCUCAUUUUCUUCUACGAGCCUUUCACUGUCACCGCUUUCUCCGAUUCAGUUCAAAUCGGUAACGGAUCGUUGCCGGCGUUUGAUUCCGGGAAGAAUAAUCAGACGAGUCUGCGAUCGGUGCUAUCGGAUUCUCAAGAUCUGGAUACGGAUUCGUUGACUAGUUUGAGAUCGGGUUUGAAGAAGAAGAAAGGCUUCCCGAUAGUGAUUCAGAUGGAUACGAAGGUGAAGAUGAAGAUGGAGUGGUUGAAGAGUAAGAAGGUUGGGAUUAGAGUGACGUGCGAAGGAAUCAGAGGAUUUGUUCCCGCCGGAAAAUCGCCGUCGGUGGCGUCGGUUAUCAACUCGGAAUGUAAGGUGGAUCUUCGAAUCAAGAUCUGGAAAUUCUCCGUUUAG